AUUUUAUUUGACAACAUUUUCUGCACAGCCGAGCAGAGCAUAGAAGAAAAUUUGGUUCAAAAGUAAAAGCUUCUGAGAAGGAAUGGCUGCAGGUUUAGCUAAGUGUUCGCGCGGCGUGGGUCGUUCAUUGAUGGGGGGGCUUGGCAAUAACUUGUCUGGCUUAUUGAGGACAUCACAUGAUAUGACAUGCAGCCCUUUCUUGUCUCAGCAGCAAAGGACCUUCAUACAGAUGGGGACUAUUCUCCAAGUCGCAGACAACUCAGGGGCGAAAAAGGUGAGGUGCAUACAAGCUUUGAAAGCAAGCAAGAAGGGGGCAAGAUUGGGAGACACAAUCGUUGCAUCAGUAACGGAGGCACAUCAUUUCAAUGCCAAGAUCGAGCGAAAACAUCAGAAAGAAGAGAAGAAGAAAAUAACGGGGAAAGGAGCCGUGGUGUAUGCCGUGGUUGUUCGUGCUGCUAUGCAACGAGGCCGUUGUGAUGGGAGCGAGGUCAAGUUUGAUGACAAUGCUGUGGUGCUUGUUGACAAGAAUAAUAGGCAGCCGCUUGGGACUAGAGUAUUUGGACCCGUGCCGCAUGAGUUGAGGAAGAAAAAGCAUCUGAAGAUUCUUAGUUUGGCGCAGGAUGUUGCCUGAAGUCAAGAUGCACAAUGGGACGCAGGAACGCUUAUAUCUCAAGCAAUGAGGUGUUAAAUCGGAAUAAAGUUUGGUAAUCACGAUUUGGCUUGAAUUUAGAAUAUUGAACAUAUUGGCCAAGGAUUUGUUCAUUGCAAAAUUCAUGAUCAAAAUUCCCAGCAAAAUUCAUGGCUUACUAA